AAAUUUUGUAAAGUUAGGCGCCAAUAAUACUAAGUCAGUUCUUCUGAGUAAUUCUUUCGCUCAAUUUCUAGGGUUUAGCUCUCAUCGUCUCUCCAAACCUUCAUCGUCCGCACACCCUCACCUGCUGCCAUGGCGAGUACCAAAGUUCAAAGGGUCAUGACCCAACCCAUUAACUUGAUCUUCAGAUUUCUUCAAAGCAAAGCGCGGAUUCAGAUUUGGCUUUUUGAGCAAAAGGAUUUGAGGAUUGAAGGAAGAAUCAUUGGUUUUGAUGAAUACAUGAAUUUGGUUUUGGAUGAUGCUGAAGAAGUAAACGUCAAGAAGAAGAGCAAAAAGACACUAGGGAGGAUCCUUCUUAAAGGAGAUAACAUAACUUUGAUGAUGAACACGGGUAAAUGAGGAUGAGCACAUGGUUCCAUUCAACUAGAAGGCCGAUUUAUCAUUACCUUUUCAGUUUGUUACUAUUUCUCUUGUCAACAUGUUGAAUAUGGUGUUUGAGAAAUAUUAUGUUGGCAAUACGAAAUUUUUAUGCACCGGACAAAUGCUUUGGUUUGUUGGUCAUCUUAGUUAUGAUUUCUUGUUGCAUGUAUUAAUGCCUAGACUCCAAAACCAACUGCAACAGCCAUAUUAUAACCUUAAGUUAUGUAGAGGUUUUUUUUAUCAAUUAUUAUCAUUCACAUGUA